AUGCGGAGCCUGCGCCGUGCCCCGCCGGCGCUGCCGCCGCUGCUGCCGCUGCUGCUGGUGCUGCUGGUGCUGCUGCUGGCCGCGGGACACGGAGCCGUCAUCACCGGGGCCUGUGACCGAGACCAGCAGUGCGGGGCCGGGAUGUGCUGCGCCGUCAGCCUCUGGAUCCGCAGCCUCAGGAUGUGCACCCCCAUGGGCAACCUGGGAGACGACUGCCACCCCCUGAGCCACAGGGUGCCCUUCCCGGGGCGGAGGAUGCACCACACCUGCCCCUGCCUGCCCGGCCUGGCCUGCCUCAGGACUGCUCCCAGCAGGUUCAGGUGUCUGCCAGACUUCAGGAAAGAAGAUGUCUUCUUUUAGCAGGAACUGCUCUGCACUCCAAAGAGCCGCUCAGUAUUUUUGUUCUCUCGUUGUCGUGACCAAAAAAAGGGGUAUUUGCCAGGGGGAACCCUGCACCCCUUCCCUGCCUCACCAACACCAGCUGGAGAUGAGACACUGCUGCUGUGGCCAAGGUUUUCAGGAGGGACUCGCAGUGGAGGAUGAUUUCAUUUUGGGGUAGCCAAACAACAUCUACUGGAGCAAAGCUCUUUCUGAGGGCAGGGGCUUGACCAUUCCUGAAUAAUUUUGUGGGCUUCAUGGUUCUAGUUUAACCCCAGAAUGAAAAAAUCCAAGUUUAUUGCCAGUUUUGGAAAAAUUUGGCCACAUCUUUACACUUUGGAAGACCUGAACUGAACUGAGAGUUGGACAACAGCAGAGUGUGAAGCACGUGACAAUUGCCAAAAGAACUGUAUUUACAUUGCAUUUCAUAUCUUUAUUAAUAUAAUUUUAUUUCUAAGUUAGGCGCACCUCUAGGGUAAAGGUUUAACCAAUAGAUGUAGUUUUUACACUUUUAAAAAGUGGCACGUGGAAACAAAACAUUUCAGUAUUACGAGCAUUAAAAGAUUUACUUAUUUUAGUGUUCUAAGAUGAGAAGCUGUUGUUACUUGAAUUGGUGUAAAACUACCUGAUCAUCUCAAACUAUGUAUUAAGAUGUAGUUUAUAUUAAAGAAAAAAGGAACCCUGAAGUUUAUUUUAAUAGGCUGCCUGACUUCUUGUAUAUGUAUCAAAUUUGCUGUGCAAAAAUUCUGUAUCAGAAUAA